AUGAAGACAGCCAAGUUUCGAAAGCGAAGAAAGAGCCAGCUUCCGUUGCUUACCCUCGCCUUGUGUCUGUGGCUGUUCCGCGGCCCGGGAGUUCACUCCUUACCGGUUAGAUGCAUGCAAACAGUCAAAACGGAUUCCCACAGGGUCGUCUGUCGUAGCAUGGCGCUGACUGCCUUUCCUGAGGGGAUACCUGCGGCAACGACAACCCUGGACCUCCAGGACAACGCCUUCACGAACCUGACCGACAUCCCUCAGCUGAGAAGUCUCACUCGUCUCCUUCUACAGCACAACCGCAUCGAAACUGUGGACUGGGAAUCACUCGGUAAUCUGCCGUCUUUGCGCACCCUCUCCCUAAAAACCAACCAGAUCACCAACGUCAGGCUAGACCUUGCAGUCCCUCGUUUGCCAAAGCUGAUGACAGUAGACUUACAGUGUAACCAGCUUGCCUCUUUUACCAAAAGCCAGCUAGGGCAUCCCAGUCAAUAUCUGACCAACGUGAAGAUUCAGGACAAUCCCUACGACUGCACUUGUGACAUGAUGUGGCUCGUCAUUGAUAUGAAAUGCCUGCUAAAGGCAGGUUCUUCGGAGUCUGUAUACGGCGUUUGCGAGAGGUGUGAGGCCUGUCUUCUGCCUCACAUCAAUUCGGAGAGGUUCAAAUGCGCCAGCCCGCGUCAACUCAAGGGCGUCCUUCUGAAAAACCUGGCUCAACACUUGACCAACUGCGGAAAUGCCACUACAACUGCCACUGCCAUGGUCAACUCGGCCACUCCAGGCUUGUUGUCAGCACCAGCCAAAACUUCGACGCUCGCAACUGGACAAGAUGGUGCUGCUCAAACUGCCAGUAUGACCGAACAAGAAGCCACCCAAUCCCAAGGACAGACCACUGAACAGUUCCUAGACCAGUUCGUCAACGCAAGUUUUCCUCCAACCCAGCGCUAUGAUGAAGAUUCCUCUCCUCCAACCUCCAUUGCAAGCGAUCAGCACAAUACGACACCGUUUCAUAAUGAUCAGCCCAACAACAGCACACUGGGCGAGGCAUCGGCAGAACAUCCCUCUACAACAACAACUCCAUCUCUCAAAACGAAAGACCAUCUCCCUUUCAGCAUUAUUCCGCAACCUACUACCCUUCAGGCCUCCACUGUCAUGGAGAAAUCGGCCACUCCAGGCUUGUUCUCAGCCCCAAACAAAACGUCAACAACAACAACAACUUCUUCGUUUCUCAAUACGAAAGUCUUUCUCCGUCUCAACACUAUUCCGCCAAGUACUACCCUUCAGGCCUCCACCGUCAUUGACACCUCGGCCACUUCAGGCUUGUUCUCAGCCCUAGCCAAAACGUCGACGCUCGCAACUGGCCAAGAUGGCGCUCAAGCCAGUGAGCUACAGCUCGAAACCCACCACAUCCUCAUCAUGUCCCUCACAGCCGUGUUUGCUGUUGGUUUUGUGUCCGCGGUGAUAACCUGGAAGAGCAGAUCUAAGUGA